AUGGCCGACUACGACAAGUCGAUCCGCCAGUUCGAAGGCCUCAGCACCACCACGGCCGUCACUGGCGGCACCGGCAAUGAGGUCCGGUUCGGCCCCGCCAGCGGCAGCGGCAGUGUCUCCGACGAUGCCGCUACCCACGAAGCCGUCGGCCAGGGACUGCAGCAGAUCGAGGCCGGAAAGGUGCACUGGUACUCGUACCUGGCCACCACUGACUUCUGGGUCGUCCUCCUCCUCGGCCAGGUGCUCGCCCUCUGCAUCACCGCCACCAACACCUUCUCUACCUUCCUCGUCAACUACGGCACUUCCAUCCCGGCCUUCCAGACCGUCUUCACCUAUAUCCUGCUGUCCCUCAUCUAUCUGACCUAUACCCUCUACCACUACGGCCCGAAGAGGUACGCCCAGAUCCUGCUACGGGACGGCUGGAAGUACUUCAUCCUCAGCUUCCUCGACGUCCAGGGCAACUAUUUCACCGUCCUGGCCUAUCGCUACACCAACAUCCUCUCCGCCCAGCUGAUCAACUUCUGGGCCAUCGUGUGCGUUGUCAUCGUCUCCUUCCUCCUGCUGCGCGUGCGGUACAAGAUCUUUCAGAUCGCCGGCAUCCUGAUCUGCUGCGGCGGCAUGGGCAUCUUGCUGGCCAGCGACCACAUCCAGGGCAUCAAUGGCGGCAGCGGCGAAAACAUGCUCAAGGGCGACCUGUUCGCCCUGCUGGGCGCCACCUGCUACGGCCUCACCAACGCCUUCGAGGAGUGGUACGUCAGCAAGCGCCCCAUGUACGAAGUGCUGUCGUUCAUGGGCCUCUUCGGCAUGAUCAUCAACGGCGUGCAGGCUGCCAUCUUCGACCGCGAGAGCUUCCGGCAAGCCACGUGGAACAACUCGGUGGCCAGCUACCUCGUCGGCUACACGCUGGUGCUGGCCUUUUUCUACUCGGUCGUGCCCUUCGUCCUGCGCAUCGCCUCGGCCGCCUUCUACAACAUCUCGCUGCUGACGGCGAACUUCUGGGGGACCAUCAUCGGCAUCCACGUGUUCGGCUACGCCAUCCACUUCAUGUACCCCGUCGCCUUCGUGCUCAUCAUCCUCGGGCUCACCGUCUACUUCGUCGCCGGCAGCAUCCUCGGCGACUCCAAGAAGCCCUGGCUGGGCGACAACCAGGAGGACGGGGUCGCCGGCUUCGGCACCGCGAAGCUGAAGGCGCUGAACAUGGCGCGCAAACAGGGCCUGGCCCAAACAAACAGCGCUGUUUAA